AUUGAUUUCCCUCUUUUUUCUCCGGGGGAAGAAAUUGGGACAAAAUGGCGGGAAAGCAGGUCGCCGCCGAUGGCCUAACAACGAAUUUCGCCGGAAUGUCCAAAAAUCAGCUUUACGACAUUAUGUGUCAGAUGAAGGGAUUAAUCGAACAGAACCAGCAACAAGCGAGGCAAAUUCUCAUUCAAAACCCUAACUUGACCAAAGCACUAUUUCAGGCACAAAUUAUGCUUGGGAUGGUGCAGGCCCAACAAGCAAUUCCGACCAUCCAACCGACAGGAUCACCAAAUCUACAGCCAUCAGUGUCUCAACUUACAAAGUCAGAUGGUCAGUCGGCUCCAUCAUUGCCAGGGAAAAUUGGUAUGCAGGAUCAAACAAGAAAACAGCAGCAAAAUCAAUCUGCUCCAGCACCGCCAUCUCCUUCUCUUCCGUCAUCAAACCUUCAAGCUCAGUCCCUACCGUCUCAUCCGUCGCUGUCAGUGCAGCAGCCAAAAGGACAUAUUGGUGGUCAAUCAGUGCCAAUCUCUUUACCACAAUCCUCUCAAGUUGUUAACAUGCCACCAGUUCCUCAUCAUUCUGCUUCGCAGCUGCCAUCUCAUUUUCAAAUGCAGAUGCCUUCUGCAUCCUCCCAAUUGGAGCAACCGAUGCAUACUAGUGGCAGCCAACACCAGCAUAUGCAGCCACAGAUGCCACCACAAGUGAGACCAUCAAUGCAACCAUUCCCCCGUCCAAUGCACCCUCACAUGGGGUCCAAUGUUGGUUUUCCGCCAUCUGGAGUACCUCCGCCGCACCAUUCACAUCCUGCUUUUCAUCCAACUAUGAAGCCUCCAGCAAGCAUGGGGCCUUCUUUUAUGUCUGGGCAGCCACCAGUUCCAAGUCAGCUGCCAUCCCAGCCGCCAUAUCAGAUGGGAGGUUCACAAUUGCGGACAGAAUUCAAUCAAGUUGGGAGUUUCACACAAGCAGAUAGAGGCUCUGCGUGGAUUCCUGGUCGACCAGAGAAUUCACCAGGAAUACAGUUUCCAGGACCACCACUGAUCCCUGGCCAGAUGGGUGCCAGCAAUCAGCCUCCUAGACCCCCAGCACUGAGUCCAGAGAUGGAGAACGCGCUUCUUCAGCAAGUAAGGAGCCUGACGCCAGAACAGAUUAACAUGCUACCUCCAGAGCAAAGAAAUCAAGUGCUUCAGUUGCAGCAAGUGCUCCGUCAAUGAGAAACAAGUUGUCAAAAAACAUCUUGCAACGGAGGUGGAAAUAUUGGAUCCAGCUAAUUGACUAUGUUAUUUAUCCAAACCUUUGCUUUGUGAUAGGAUUCUCCUAAGUUUCUGUUUCAAUCCUUUAUAGUUUCUCUUUUUUACCCGUUGUUUUCCCCUUUAAUAUUGAUUGUUUCAGGCCAUUUUAGGUUUGCCUGUAUUGUAUUCUAUGUAGCCUACAACUUAUAAAUUUUUGCUUGCUUGUUUGAGGAACUCUUAGCUGCGCAAAUCGAAUUCUAGUUCUCUA